UCAUUGGCAAUAAGUUAGUUCCAAACUCCUAGUUUAACUGAACAUGCUACCUGAAAUGCCUAAAGAAAGCAUUGCGGAAAGAAGAAGAAGAAAAGCAGCAAAGCGUGUCUAUAAGUUAAGCAUUGCUCUGCUCCUUCUUGGUAUUCUUGCAUUUGCCUUUACUGGAAGUACGUUUGCUACGGGUUUCGGAUUUACACCAUUCAAUAUCAACACGCUUUGGUCGUCUCUAUGGUAUAUUGUAACCAGUAUUUUGGGAAUGCGAGCAGGGCACAACCCAAGUCGUCGAUGUUUGGUAAAAACCUUCAAUGGCUUUGCAGUGACGGCUAGUAUCUUUGCUUUCUGUGGGUUUGGUGCAUCGGGCGCGGGAAUUGCAUUUCAUUUUGUCUGUGGUUUUUUCUUCUGGGUCGGCUUUGGUUGUAGUUAUUUAGUAUUUGCGUAUGGUUUUCUACUGGUAAUUAAUUUCAUCGGGAUGUCAAUACUAAUCAUACUCGCAGUAAAUGGUUUCAAGAUUUACAACUGUUGUGGAAAGCCAUCAGGAGACCCGGUGUACUACGAAGCUAAUGAAACCGUACCACACCAAGUGACGGAAGAAAGUUAUGUUUAUCAACCACAAGAAGAAAAAGUGUUUGUAACAAGUAAAUCAAGCGAAAACGAUCCAAGUACUUCUUUUUCAGAGGAGCUAGUUGAUAACCAAGGUUAUGAAACUGUCUCACAUCAAUCAACAGAAGAACAUGUCUAUCAACCACAAGAAGGGCAAAUGCUUGUAACAAGCCAAUCUGGCGAACAAUUUAUUUUGCUACCAGUGUCACGACAAGGUCAACCACCAAUUACUCCAAUCAAAACAAAUGUAUCAUACCAGAGUCUAUCAUUAAAUGCUUCAACCAAAGCACCUAAAUCACAGAAAGCUCGCUCACCAAAUGUUCCAAUCAAAGCACCUGUAUCACAGCAAGAUCGAUCAAUAAAGGCUUUAACCGAAGCAAUUAAAUUACAUCACGGUCGACCAUCAAAGGCCCCAAUCAGAGCAUCUAUUUCACAUCUGGACCGACCAUCAAAUGCUCCGAUCAAAACACGUACAUCACAUCAUGGUCGCACAUUAAACGCUCCGAUAAAAAACCAUGGUCAAACAUCAAACGCUCCAAUGAAAACACAUACAUCACACUAUGACCGAACAUCAUACGCUCCAAUCAAAGACCAUGGUCGAACAUCAAACGCUUCAAUCAAAACACAUACAUCACACCAAGUACGAUCAUCAAAUGGUCCCUUCAUUAAACCUGUGUCACACCAAGGUCGAUCGUCAAAUGCUCCAAUCAAAACACAUAAAUCACACAAAGUUCGAACAUCAAACGCUUCAAGAAGGGCACCUGUGUCGCACCAAGAUCGAUCAUAUGUUUCAGGAAGAGUCACAUCGACACAGAAUCCUUAUAAGGAUCUGAUUUAUAAUUAUCGACCACAUGCAUACGAAUACUAAGCACUGUUGUUUUUGGUUAUUUUUGUUUUUCUCUACCUUGUAAAAUUUUUAACAUUAUAAUAGCUGUUUAAGAUUCAACAUUGUAGAAUAUUGACCGACUUUAGAGUAAUGAAUAAGCAUACAAGGGCA